AUGGAAGCUGUGCCAGAUAUCAACGAGCAGCCUAUUUCCGAGAAAGCGCUUGAGGCUGGUGCAGGUGCAGAGAGUCACUCUAGUGAAGUGGCCAGUGGUAGUCCUGUUGCUUCCAACGAAGCAGCCGGUGGUGAUUUGGCUUCAUAUACGCUUUCCAAGAAGCAGCUUUUUUGCGCAAUUGCUAGCAUAGGCAUGCUGUUUUUUAUUUCUGCUCUGGAUGCAACCAUCAUGGCCAGCAUUUAUGUACCAAUUGCCAGUGAUUUUGACGCGCUAGGCCAGGCUGUCUGGAUCAUCACCACGUACAUGCUAUCGUCGACGAUUGUACAGGCGAUUAUCGGCAAAAUCAGCGACAUCCUUGGCCGCGUUGAGACUAUUUUAACCAGUAUCGCUAUAUUUUUGGUUGGCUCCGUUCUCUGCGGGGCAUCGCAGUCGAUGAACAUGCUCAUCGCCAGCCGCACAAUCCAAGGAGUCGGCGGUGGUGGAAUCCUUGGUCUGGGGAUGGUUGUAUUAGGCGAUCUUUUCAGCGAACGGGAGCGUGGCAACUACAUUGGCGUGUUCAGUGCAAUAUUCACUAUUGCCACCGUGGUCGGACCGGUGAUGGGUGGCGGCAUCGUCGAGCACGCUUCAUGGCGAAUCGUGUUCUGGAUCAAUAUUCCAGUCUGUGUCAUUGCCAUGGCCCUGAUCUUCUUCACGCUCAAGCUGCCAAAGACCAAGGGAACGUUCAAGGAGAAAAUCAAGCGCAUUGACUUUAUCGGCUGUGUGUUGUUCACCAUUGGAAUGGUUCCUAUUUUGCUUGGACUGUCUUGGGGUGGCCAACAGUACGAGUGGACAUCGGCGCAGGUCCUGGCGUGUCUCAUUUGCGGAUUUGUCGUACUGCUUGUGUUUGGAUAUGUCGAGUACCGCUUUGUUGCUGACCCAAUCAUCCCAGUACGUCUUCUAGGAAACCGCAAUGUCCUUUCAGCCUUAAUGGCAGUGUUUGCCAUAGGUGGAGUAUCAUUUGGGGCCCUUAAUAACAUUCCUGCCUGGGAACUCGCGAUCAAGCACGCGUCAACUACGUCAGGUGGAUUGCAUCUUCUUCCUAUGGCCCUUGGGGUUGUAUUGGCAUCGCCUCUGUGCGGCAUCUAUAUCGCCAGGUCAGGUCGAUUCCUCAUACCGAUUCGUGUUGGUGCAGUCCUUGCUGCAGCCGGUGCGUCCUUGCUUUUGCUGUACAAAGCGAGCACUGGCUUUGGAGAAAGGAUUGUUUAUCUAUUUCUACUUGGGCUCGGCGUUGGUUUCGUGUCUCAGCCACCUCUGGCUUGUCUGUCAAGCUAG